AUGUUGCUGGUUAUUACUUUCGUUUUCGACGGACUAAUUGUCCAAACCCUUCCUCUUAUACAGAUACUUAAAGAGUACUUUGUUGAUCAAGGUGUUUCAGAACGUUUUCAAAUAAGCGUUUUGAUCAUGGGGGCAGCUUUUGGAAAAGUUUUAAAUUACUUAUACAUAGUUGACCAUGGUGAAGCAACAACUGAUUCUAAUUUAAAGAAAGCUAAGAUAACGUGCAUGUUAUCGUCAACUCAAAAGCCUGCAAAACCUAACCCUCAUUGGAAACACCUUGAGCUUCAGAAACCAGGUGAAGAGUUACGCAUAAGCAACCUCAAGGCUGGUGCGAAGUUCAUUCACGAAUCCAGGUGUAGUCGGGAGAAUAUCGCUGUGAUAAUGGAACCUAACAAUCAUGAAGCUGCAGCUUUUAUUGUCGCAUAUUUCUCUAUUUUAAGUGGAUUACCUGUAAAAUUAACUCGUAAAGCUGUUAUGAAAUGUAGAGAGAAAUUAGAUAUUACUAAUGAAUAUGACCCUUUAAUUGAAUCAAUGCAAAAUUCGACUACAGCAAAAGAAUUACGUAAUGAUUUAUUCAAAGGUACAUCUGGUUAUACAGAAGAUAGAUUAAUUGAAGAUUUACGAAAAAUUUAUCAAUUAGCUGAAUUAGAUCCACCAACAUCAUCAGAAAUUUAUUUAGAAACAAGACGUGAAUCAACGACACAAAAUUCAUCUAAUCCAAUUUUGAAACGUUUAUCCAUUGAUAAAAGUAAACAAGAAUCAACUAAUCAAACAAAUAUUAGUUCAUCUAAUCUACGUGAUAAAACACCAGAACUAGUUGUCCAUGAAUAUGAUAAUAACAAUAUUAAACAAGAUCAACUGAUGAAUACUUCAAUAAAUUCUUCAAUGAUUACACCUCAUCAUUCAACUGAUCAUAAUAAUUCUGUAUUAAAUGAUGCUAAACAUGAUCUACAUCAAAUUGACCAAAUUAAUAAUAAUACAAUUCAAAAUGGUACUAAACAAACUUCAUAUAAUCAUGAUAAAGAGAUUAAAACAAAAUUACCAGAUCCAUUAUAUAAUACCGAUAUGAUUACUAACAAUAAAAUAAAUUCUCAAUCAUUCAUUAAUAAGCAUGAAAUUCAUCAUUCUAAUAGUAUGAAUAAAUUAAAAACUACUAAAGUAACAAUUAUUUAUGCUCUAUCACAUGAAUCUACAGAAGCUGAUGCUGUGGAACAAUAUUUAAAUAGUACUAGUGCAGAUGAACGUGAUAGAUUACGUAAACGUGUAAUAAUUACACAUGCUUAUUCAAAAGUUGACAAUUCUAUGGAUUAUAUAUAGAGAAUUGAUAAUUCAAUUAAUCCAUUGAACAUUGAAAAUAACAUACUACAUAUCAUCAUACGUAAUUUUUCUUUUAAAAGAAACGCUCUUUUUUUUCUUUUUCUUUUUUUUUAUAAACAAAAACAAUCUAUAUAUGAUUAGUGUCGUUAAUAUUUAUGAUAGAAAAUUUGUCUUCAUUUCUUGUUAUGAACUAAUUCAGUUUCUAUAUCUUUUCAUAUUUAUUAUUAUUAUUAUUAUCACUAUGACGAUUAUGAUUGACGACAAGUUUUUUUUUUAAAAAAAGAAAAGAAACAAGUACUUCUAUUGAUCAAUACAAAUUUGUUUAAAUCGUUCAAAUGUUUUAUGUUACAUUUUUUUUUAAAAAAAAGAAAAGAAAACGCAACAUCCAUAUUUGGAAAGUUUGUUUGCUUGUUUUUGUUAAAAAUGAUAAUUAGUACCCAAAAAAAUGUGAACUUAUUUUUCAAAGUUAACACUAUGGUUACUUUUUAAAAGAAAACCUUAUGAAUGACAUGAAUAUUUAUUAAGCAU